GAACAUCAGAUGCAACUUGCAACUGUUAUCCUCGUUCCUUACCGGUUACUAUCGGUACGUAAAAAAAUCGAAAUACUCACUAGGUAUUUCUUAAUAACUGCACAGCGGUGCUGGUGGAAAGUAGAUGGAGCAACAGCAAUUUGUCAACAUAUAUAAUUAUGAUUUUUUCCCGUUACUUCAGUUCAAACAUCCUUAAACACUGUUUUUUUUUAAAAAUAAAUCUAAAAUAUGUGUUGUGUCUUAACCCUUUUUUUUUAGUUUAUUUAUUUAUAUACAUAAAGAACCGUUUGAUUUUACCCCAUCAUCCACCGUUGAAACUUUGAAUUUUCACGAUCAGCCCUUUUCCUCUCUCUUUCUCUGAAAUUGCACCGAAAUCUUGGAGGAGAGAGGAAGUAGUCGACAAGCGUAGAAAAAAUAAAUCCAUAAAUAAAAAAGAAAGGUGUUAUGUUAUGUUACCAACAAGACCGAUACAAAGAAAAUAAAAGAAAAGGGCUAGCGAAGAAAAGAACCGCUUCUUAAGAGAGAAACGAGGGUUGUUUGGUUCUUUGGAAUCCAUUUUUCUCUCCCAAAUCUCUUCUCUCAUCAUCCCUUUCUCUUUCUCCUCUCUUUCUCUCUCUCUUCCUCUUCCUCUAGUCCGUAAUUCAAGAAGAAAAAAAAGGUGAGAGAGGUAGGAAAAGAAAGAGAAUUCUGAGAGGCAAAGAAUUUCAAAUAAAUAACAGAAUCUGAGAUUUUGGGUGGUGUCUGUGUUUUUGAAUGGAGUUGGAUAGUAUCGAGUGUGUGUCAUCCACAGAUGGAAUGGAUGAGGAUGAGAUCCAUCACCAUAAUCUGCACCAUCCACAUCCUCAUCAUGGCCACCAUCAAUUCUCAUCGUCAAAGCCUCACAACAACACCAACAACGCUAACAUCAUCAGCAAUAUUGUGGGUGCUACGGCGAUCGCUCCGGCUACCAGCGUCCAUGAAUUGUUAGAAUGCCCUGUUUGUACCAAUUCUAUGCACCCACCAAUUCAUCAGUGCCACAAUGGACAUACGCUUUGUUCUACCUGUAAAACAAGAGUACACAAUCGGUGCCCCACUUGUAGACAGGAACUGGGUGAUAUUAGAUGUUUAGCAUUGGAGAAGGUGGCAGAGUCCCUUGACUUGCCUUGCAAAUACUACAAUUUGGGAUGCCCAGAAAUAUUUCCCUAUUACAGCAAACUCAAACAUGAGGCAAUUUGUAAUUACAGACCAUACAAUUGCCCAUAUGCUGGAUCAGAGUGUUCUGUUGUUGGGGAUAUACCCUUUCUGGUUGCCCAUCUAAGAGAUGAUCACAAGGUGGACAUGCACACUGGCUGCACAUUUAACCAUCGUUAUGUGAAGUCCAACCCCCGAGAAGUAGAAAAUGCUACUUGGAUGCUAACUGUAUUCCAUUGUUUUGGUCAGUAUUUCUGCCUUCACUUUGAAGCCUUCCAGUUGGGCAUGGGCCCUGUCUACAUGGCAUUUCUUCGUUUCAUGGGUGAUGAGACAGAGGCUAGGAACUAUAGCUACAGCCUUGAGGUUGGAGCCAAUGGUCGGAAACUUAUAUGGGAAGGUACUCCACGUAGUAUCCGUGAUAGUCACCGGAAAGUUAGGGACAGCCAUGAUGGUCUAAUUAUCCAACGUAACAUGGCACUUUUCUUCUCCGGUGGGGACAGGAAGGAGCUAAAGCUGAGGGUUACAGGAAGGAUAUGGAAGGAGCAACAAAAUCCAGAUGCUGGUGUGUGCAUACCAAACUUAUGUAGUUGAGAGAAUUGAUUUUGAUAACUUUUUCUUGAUUUCUAUGAACGCUUUCUGCUGUGUUUUCUACCUCUGCCAACCCUUUCUGGUAUGUUGUAAUGGAUGGAAGUUUUCAGAAGGCUUGAGAAGUUUUCAUCUUCUAUGAAAUGUGUAAUAAGCAUAUUUUCUUCAUUAACCUUCUGUUUUCAAUAAUAUGAGCAUUAAUAUAGUGCAUUCAUCCUGUUAUUCUAGCUGUUUAGUCAUGGUGAUGUUACAAAAUGGGCAAGCUUUAGAUGGAGUAAGAAUGAUUGCGAAACCAUCUAUAAAUUAGUAAUAAAAUCUGUGCAAAAUCCAGAUUAAAAUGGGAUCCCUUUUGAAAGUUUUCAACUCUUUGUUGAAUCUCUUCCUUUUUGUCUUCGAACUCUCAAAUUCUCCCCUCCGCACUUGGGAUCAAGACAUUGGAAGUCUUAAACAAGGCAGUUUACUACUUUGAUUGCCAUCAAAUCCAUUUUUAUUGCUGCAAAACCAUUCAUGGCACAAACCAACCCAUCCUUUCCCCCGGUUUACCAGUGAAAACAUCAAUCUACCUUCUUUGCAUCCCCCAAUAUCUUUACUUUGCAAGAUUCCUUCUAGUCUUUUUACUUAUCAAGUUUACUUCAAUAAGAAGUCUUCUAGCGAAGCAAUUUUUAGA